UAAUUUAAUAAUAUGAUAUAAUAAUAACAUAAUAGUAAUAUAAUAAUAAUAUAAAAUAAUAAUAAUGGUCUAUUCCUCUCUUUUGACAUCUUAAAACUACAGCUCCCACAAUCCCCUAGUCCACUGUCCUUCCUUCCUUCCUUCCUUUCCCACAAUGCCCCUUCUCUUAAGCCGGGAGCAGAGGCGCCUUGGAGGCGAGGUCAGUUGGCAACCUCCAGGGGGCGUGGCUUGCCUUCGUUUCCCGGCGGGCGGCGCUAGGGCCUGGCGAGGGCGGCGUGGGUCGGGCGCGUCUCCCGCGGCCUCGGCCUCCUGGUCGUGCAUUCGGGCUCCGCCAUGCCGGGCUUCGACUACAAGUUCCUGGAGAAGCCCAAGCGGCGCCUCCUCUGCCCGCUCUGCGCCAAGGCCAUGCGGGAGCCCGUGCGCGUCUCCACCUGCGGGCACCGCUUUUGCGACACCUGCCUCCAGGAAUUCCUCAGCGAAGGCGUCUUCAAGUGUCCCGAAGACCAAUUACCCCUGGACUAUGCCAAGAUCUAUCCGGACCCCGAUCUGGAGGCGCAGGUCCUCAACCUGACCAUCCGUUGCAUCCACAGCGAAGAGGGCUGCCGUUGGAGCGGAACCAUCCGCCACUUGCAGGCCCACCUGGGCACCUGCAGCUUCAACGUGGUGCCGUGCCCCAACCGCUGCGGAGUCAAGCUCAGCCGCCGGGACCUCCCGCCUCACCUCCAGCACGACUGCCCACAGCGGCACCUCAAGUGCGAGUUUUGCGGGGCCGACUUCACCGGAGAGGCCUACGAGAACCACCAAGGCCUGUGUCCCCAGGAGAGCAGCUACUGCGAGAACAAGUGUGGGGCCCGCAUGAUGCGCCGGCUGCUGUCCCAGCACAUGGCGGCCGAGUGCCCCAAGCGCACCCAGGCCUGCUCCUACUGCGCCAAGGAGUUCCUCUUCGACACCAUCCAGAGCCACGAAUACCAGUGUCCCCGCUACCCGGUGCCCUGCCCCAACCAGUGCGGGGUGCCCAGCGUCGCCAGGGAGGACCUGGGGGGCCACCUGAAGGAGAGCUGCACCACCGCCCUGGCCCUCUGCCCCUUCAAGGAGGCCGGAUGCAAGCACCGGUGCCCCAAGCUCUCCAUGGGCCGCCACCUGGACGAGAGCACCAAGCUGCACCUGGGGAUGAUGGGCGCCCUGGUGGCACGGCAGCGUCAGGAGCUGGCGGAGCUGCGCCGCGAGGUGGAGGAGCUGGCGCUGGGCAGCGAGGGCGUGCUGAUCUGGAAGAUCUCGGACUAUGCCCGGAAGCUGCAGGAGGCCAAGGCCCGGAGCAACUACGAGUCCUUCAGCCCGCCCUUCUACACCCACCGCUACGGCUACAAGCUCCAGGUCUCGGCCUUCCUCAACGGGAACGGGAGCGGCGAGGGCAGCCACCUCUCGGUCUACAUCCGGGUGCUCCCGGGGCAGUACGACAACUUGCUCGAGUGGCCCUUCGCCUUCCGGGUCACCUUCUCGCUCCUGGACCAGAGCGACCCCUCCCUCUCCAAGCCGCAGCACAUCACCGAGACCUUCCUGCCGGACCCCAACUGGAAGAACUUCCAGAAGCCCGGCUCGGGGCGCGCCUCCCUGGACGAGAGCCUCCUGGGCUUCGGGUACCCCAAGUUCAUCUCCCACGAGGACAUCAAGAAGCGGAACUACGUGCGGGACAACGCCGUCUUCAUCAAGGCCUCGGUGGAGAUCCCGCAGAAGAUCCUGGCCUGAGUGGCCGAGGACAACACAGACUCCAGGUCCAGAUUUCAAACAUAAUAACGUAAUAUUCUCGCUCAAAAUUAACCGAGAUUCUCGCUCGUAAAUAAUAGAGAUUCUCAGAAAUAGCAGCGAUAGUUGAUUAUAAAUAACCGUAGCGGAGGUUCCCGCUCGUAAUUAACGGAGAUUCUCACUCGGAAUUAACAGAAACUUGCUCGGAAUUAACAGAACGUUCUCGCUCAUAAACGGCCAAGAUUCUUACUCUGGGGUAUUUCGGAGAUUCUCGCUCAGAAUUAACACAGACUCUGGCUCGGAAUUAACGAACGUUCUCGCUCAUAAAUGGCCAAGAUUCUUACUCUGGGAUAUUUCGGAGAUUCUCGCUCAGAAUUAACAGAAACUUGCUCGGAAUUAACAGAACGUUCUCGCUCAUAAAUGGCCAAGAUUCUUACUCUGGGAUAUUUCGGAGAUUCUCGCUCAGAAUUAACACAGACUCUGGCUCGGAAUUAACGAACGUUCCCGCUCAUAAAUGACCAAGAUUCUUACUCUGGGAUAUUCCUCUCCCGACAAAUGGUGCUAACUUUGACAAUGACCCCCAUUUCCGAGACCACCUCCCAUAGAGCAGCUGGACUGCCACUGCGACAACCCUCAUCCCCUGGGAAGGAGAAAGGCUUCCGAGCUGUGCACGGAGAGGAAAUCCACUCCGGACUCCAUGGCUUUGUGAUCACUUUCCGGAUGGAGUAGGAGGCCCACAUCUAUGGGAAAAAUCCCGCAUCAUGGAACAUACAUAUCUCGGUUUUUUGGGACUACACUCCCCAGAGUCCCCGGCCCCCUUUGCCUUCCAAAACCUCAUUGCCUCUAAAUUUCAACAUCCCCUCCUGGUGCCUAACGUUGUUUUGGACCGAAAUAUCCCGACCCUUUUUCCCGCGAACGAGGCCGUUCUGUCUUUUUGUCCAAAGAGCCAUAUUUUGUAAUCCCCGGAGCCUCUGUUUCAUCCCGUAAUGGUUCUGAUUCCCGUUCUGUCUCCCUUUGUCUACGUUUCUCCUUGUCCUGUUUUUUUGUAAUUAAAUAAAACCGUUUCUUGUAUUUAUUAA